AUGGAUAUUCACUGCAAAGCAGACCCCUUCUCAGCGAUGCACCCAGGGCACGGCGGUGUGAACCAGCUCGGCGGGGUGUUUGUGAACGGCAGACCCCUCCCGGACGUGGUGAGGCAGCGGAUCGUGGAGCUGGCCCACCAGGGCGUCCGGCCCUGCGACAUCUCCAGACAGCUACGGGUCAGUCACGGCUGUGUCAGCAAAAUCCUCGGCAGGUACUAUGAAACCGGCAGUAUUAAACCCGGAGUCAUUGGUGGCUCCAAACCAAAGGUCGCAACUCCGAAAGUGGUGGAUAAAAUUGCUGAAUAUAAGCGCCAGAAUCCAACCAUGUUCGCCUGGGAGAUACGGGACCGACUACUGGCCGAGGGCGUCUGCGACAACGACACAGUCCCCAGCGUUUCAUCCAUCAACAGGAUUAUCCGCACCAAAGUCCAGCAGCCAUUCCACCCGUCCCCCGACGGAUCUGUUACGCCGCUCUCCACACCCGGCCACACCAUAGUGCCCAGCACAGCCUCGCCCCCUGUGACCAGCGCCUCCAACGAUCCCGUAGGAUCCUACUCCAUCAACGGCAUUCUGGGUAUCCCCCGCUCCAACGGCGAGAAGAGGAAACGAGACGAUGAUGGCUCUGAUGGCUCAGGCCCCGGCAGCGACUCUCAGGGCAGCGUGGAGAGUUUAAGGAAGCACCUGCGAGCAGACGCCUUCACCCAGCAGCAGCUGGAGGCCCUGGACCGUGUGUUUGAACGUCCUUCUUACCCCGAUGUCUUCCCAACUUCAGAACACAUCAAACCCGAACAGGCGAACGAGUACUCCCUCCCGUCCCUGAACACUGGCCUGGAAGACGUGAAGCCCAGCCUCUCCACCAGCGCUAGCUCCGACCUCGCCUCCAGUGUCUCCCAGAGCUACUCUGUUGUGACAGGGCGAGACAUGGCCAGCACCACCUUACCUGGCUACCCGCCUCAUGUCCCCCCCACAGGACAAGGCAGCUACCCCACCUCCACACUCGCUGGAAUGGUUCCUGGAGGGGACUUUUCCGGAAACCCUUACUCUCAUCCACAGUACACCACGUACAACGAAGCAUGGCGGUUCAGCAAUCCAGCAUUACUAAUGCCGCAUCCCGUGGCUCCGCACCUCCCACUGCUGCCACUGCCUACGACCGCCACUAGUUACCACGGAGACCCGCUCAAACUGCAGGGCCAGGGUUUCGGCCUCCACAUUGUCCCCGUCUGA